CCGGCGGCGGCGGCGGCCCCUUAGCAGCCAGGCGCCGCUGAGGCGGCUCCGCGGGCAAAGAGCGAGCGCGGCCCCGGCCCGGCGGCGGCAGGAUGAAGUUCGCCGAGCACCUCGCAGCGCACAUCACCCCUGAGUGGAGGAAGCAGUACAUCCAGUAUGAGGCUUUGAAGGAGAUGCUAUAUGCAGCUGUGGACCAGGCCCCUUCUAUAGAAGACACAGAUGAAGACACAGUGAAAAGAUGUUUUGCCACGUUUGAAGAGAAGUUUUUCCAAACCUGUGAGAAAGAACUUGCCAAAAUCAACAUUUUCUAUUCAGAAAAGCUUGCAGAAGCUCAGCGCAGGUUUACUACUCUCCGGACUGAGUUACAAUCAACUUUGGAUGCACAAAAAGAAGCCAGUGGUGUUUCCACAGUUCAGCGGCGCAGAAAGCCAGUCUUCCACCUGUCCCAUGAAGAACGAGUCCAGCAUAGAAAUAUCAAAGAUCUGAAAUUGGCCUUCAGUGAGCUCUACCUCAGUCUCAUCUUACUGCAGAACUAUCAGAACCUGAACUUCACCGGCUUCCGCAAGAUCUUAAAGAAGCAUGACAAGAACUUGGAGACAGCGCGGGGAGCAGAAUGGCGGGUGGCUGAGGUGGAGGUAGCACCUUUCUACACUUGCAAGAAGAUCAACCAGCUUAUAUCAGAAACAGAGGAAGUGGUGACCAAUGAGUUAGAAGAUGGAGACAGACAGAAGGCUAUGAAACGUUUGCGUGUUCCACCCUUAGGAGCAGCUCAGCCUGUACCAGCCUGGACUACAUUCAGGGUUGGAUUAUUCUGUGGGUUGUUCAUUGCACUGAACGUCACUGUCAUACUUUCAGGUGUGGCUUUUAUAGAGGGACCAAAUGUGUGGCCACUGGUGAGAAUCUAUCGAGGUGGCUUUCUCCUGAUAGAAUUCCUCUUUCUCCUGGGUAUCAACACAUAUGGCUGGAGACAGGCUGGAGUGAAUCACGUCCUCAUCUUUGAACUCAAUCCCCGCAGCAACUUGUCCCAUCAGCAUCUCUUUGAGAUUGCUGGUUUCCUGGGCGUUUUGUGGUGCCUGAGCCUGCUGGCAUGUAUAUAUGGUAAAUUCACCUACAUUCCUAUGCAGGUGAAUCCACUCAUCUUAUAUGGCUUCAUGUUGCUUUUUCUCAUCAACCCUACCAAAACCUUAUAUUACAAGUCCCGUUUUUGGCUGCUCAAACUAUUGUUUCGAGUAUUCACUGCUCCCUUCCACAAGGUAGGCUUUGCAGAUUUCUGGCUGGCUGAUCAGCUCAACAGCCUGGUUGUAAUACUCAUGGAUCUGGAGUACAUGAUCUGCUUCUACAGCUUUGAGGUUCAGUGGGAGGAUAACGCUGGACUUCUGGCAAACACAGAUAAUCAGAUUUGUUACAGCUACUCCUACGGAGUGAGAGCGGUUGUCCAGUGCAUCCCUGCUUGGUUGCGAUUCAUCCAGUGCCUGCGCCGUUACCGUGAUAACAAACGGGCCUUUCAUCUGGUUAACGCUGGAAAAUAUUCCACCACCUUCUUUGUGGUGACAUUUGCAGCCCUCUACAGCACUCACAAAGCUAAAAACCACAGUGACACCCAAGUGUUCUUCUACCUGUGGAUUAUCUUCUAUUUCAUCAGCUCUUGCUAUACCCUAAUUUGGGACCUGAAGAUGGACUGGGGUCUCUUCGACAAAAAUGCUGGUGAAAAUACCUUUCUUCGAGAAGGAAUUGUCUACCCACAGAAAGCAUACUACUAUUGUGCCAUUGUAGAAGAUGUGAUCCUGCGUUUUGCGUGGACCAUCCAGAUAUCCCUCACUUCCAUGCAAAUCUUUCCGUACGCUGGGGAUAUAAUUUCUACUGUAUUUGCCCCACUUGAGGUAUUCCGGCGGUUUGUGUGGAACUUCUUCCGUCUGGAAAACGAGCACCUGAACAACUGUGGUGAGUUCCGUGCUGUGAGGGACAUCUCUGUGGCACCGCUCAACGCUGAUGACCUGACGCUCUUGGAUCAGAUGAUGGACCAGGAAGAUGGUGUACGAAAUCGACGCAAGAACAAACAGUGGAAGCGCAGCCAGAGCGUGUCCUUGCGCAGACCUCGUCUUGCUUCACAAUCCAAGGCUUCUGACACUAAGGUAUUGAUAGAGGACCUAGCGAAUGAAGUGAACACAUGAGAUGGCCAUGAUCUCUUAUUCCACAAUCUUUGUUUUCUCAUUCUGUUCGCCUCUUCCCCAAGUAACCCAAUCUCUGGUACAGUUCCAACUGAAAACAGGAGAAAACACUGAACAUGUUUUCCGAGCUCUUCCAAACCAGAUCCUAUGGACUCCAACAAGCUCACUGUGUUACAUUUCUUUUCUUCUGGGUUAAUUUUAAUGUUCUAUUUUAAAAAAAUAAAAUAUUUUACUUUGUUUUGCCAAUAAAGAGGACAGUUCAGGAAAGAAGGAUUGUUUACAGUCUCAACAAGGACAUACAAACCUAUCUGGAUAAAGAAGCAUCAUAGGGACUCCCUCAUGGGACAGUGCCGAGAGCACACUCAGUUUCUGCUUGGCCCGGUUUUGACUGGUUGAAACCGGACUUAAGUUUUUAAAUCUGAUUUUGUUUGUUUUGUUUUGUUUUUCCUUCAUAUCCAGCGCUGAGGCACUGGCUGCACUUGCAGGGAAAGUGCACUUAGAGCAGUAUCUUCAUUCAUGAAGCUACUUUUUAAUUUGAUGUAACUUUUCUUAUAAUUUUUGGGAAUAUGAUGUAUCUGUUGCAUAUAGCUUUCACAUUAUUUAUGAAACUUAACAACCAUACGAGAAUGAUUUUGAGUCCUGUGUAAUGAAGGUUGUAAUGGGAAAACAAAGCUGGGAAUAUAGAUGUAGAUCUCCGGGGCUGUGGAGUUAUGCCCUGCAAAUACCCCUCUCGUGAGACAACUUUCAUCUAUGUUUUACUUUUUCUCUCUUUGUUUCUUUUCAAUUUUAUUUUAAACCAAAGUUUCUGAUUUUUUUAGUUGCUGCUACUGCUUCUAGGCAUGUCUUGUGCUGGUUCAAUGCCAACUUUCCAUGCAGCUGUGUGAAAGUAGUGCAGAUGAUGCUAUGGCCCUUUUGAAAGGAGAGUUGGGUCUUACCAAUAGUGCAAAAAAGCUAGGUCAACAAAAGCUUCAGAACUUCAUUCUCCAGAUCAGAAAGUAUUUUUCAAAGCCUUAAUAAUCUUUAAAUGGCACAGGGGCAUCCCAUACUGAGCAGAGGGCUCUUCUGGUGCUCUCCUGCAGCCCAGUGCAGCAAAGUGGGACAAGGCAAGGAGGUGAUGGUGGGCUGGGGGAGCUUAGCAGGCUGGGAUUCAGUAGUGCGGGCGUGUUAGAGGGCUGCUGUGGAGCGUGGGAAGGACUGUGUUGUGCCCACCUGAAUGGUGAAGGUGAAACUGAAAACAGCUCUCCUCAUGGCUUCUGGUUUGGCAAAAAGCCUCCUUUGGGUGCUGCCCUGUGGCUUGGCUGCUACUUCUGCCCCUUGCCUUGUCUCAAUAGAGCCCCACUGUCCUUCCCCUGGCGGAAUGUGUGCUCCCUGCCCUCUUGCAGCAGUACUGGUGGUGGUGCUGGAGCUGGAUUGGGUUGACAUGCCUGAGGUCCCUAGGACUGCUGCCCUCCCCUCAGCCCAGCUCACAGCUAGGACUGCAAGGCAGGGGUGAAACUCUUGAAGUAGGAUCCUCAUACUGAUGUGUCUGGUGACUCACCUCUAGUUUGGGCAAUGGAAUUUUAGGAAUCUCUGCUCAGUUGCUGUUUGGUGGUUUGUUUUUUCAUUAGCUAAUAGCAUGAUUCCCACGUGACUGGUACAUUGCUUUUUUCAGUUUGCCUGCUAUGCCUCUUACCCAGAGGAACUGAAGAAGGAAACUUAGCUCUCUUCAUUUAAUUGGAAAUAGAUUGUUAGAAUUCAUUGGUGAUGAUCCUGUGCCCCGUGUCAGGUGAAGGGCAACACUGCAAACCUGUAACUGCCUACACUUCUGUGAUGUGCUCUCAGCUUAUAGGGAAGCUCUGAGGGACCUGCUGGGAGACAACUCUGUUCUGUCAGCGGUUGGGUAGUGGCGUAGCUGCUGUUCGUUGCAGUGUUCCUCCUCGCAUCUCCUGCCACGUCGGUCUGCUCCAGUGGGAGGGCAGCUGGACUAGCUGGGGUUGUGCUGUUCCUCCUUUCUGUGCCCAGGAGGCUGUUUCCCUGUAUUUAACGCCCUGAGGUCUGCUGUUCAAACUUAAACAGAGAGUUCCUGUUCAUAUGGAAGUGGAGUCUGAGAUACGAAGCCCUUAAAAAAUUUCCGAGUUUGUGUUGCAGCAGUUGUUGCCACGUCCAAACUUUGCAUAGGUGUUUCCAGUGAGGAUGGUGGGAGAUGAGUGAAGAUGUACCUUCCCAGGAGAGUGUUAGAGGAGGGCAGCUGCACCAGGGGAACAAUCCAAAAUAAGCCUGUGGUGUUAUUUAAGCACGUGGUUCUUUAUAAACAGGAACAGAGUUUUAUUGGCAAUUCUUCCUUUCAGAGCGAAGGAAAAAUACAGAGAGAGAUUUUGAAGUGAUGCCAAUCCCCUGGGAGCACUCUGCCUUCCCCAGCUGGGCUGGGAGGAGCAGGCAUGGCUGGGUGGCCUGCAUCCUGCCUGCCUGCUGCUGCACUGUCCCACCACCUGCUUCCCAACCUGGCUGGGAGGGUCAGGUUGCAAGUAAUUAAACUCUUAUUCUGUAGCUUACCCAAAUCCUUAUGGGAAACAAGCAUUCCGUCUGCCUGCUCUGUUCCUUCCCUUUUUCUCUGUCUUUGCUGGCAGGAAAAUCAUUAAAAAAAAAGGGAGGUGACGUGCUACAGCUAGCAAUCAUAAUGUCCUGAAGUCAAACACCAUCCCUUUUGACAGUGAGGAUGUUCUCUCAGGGGAGAGUAGCCCGAAUUCCCAAGCAUGGCUUGUAAAGGCUCCCAGCGCCCUGGUGCUGUGUCUGCCUGUUCCCUCCCUCCCGGAGACUUCUGAGAAAUCAGGCAUGCAGCUUCCUCCUGAGAGGGAGUGCUAAAGCCAGGACGGCUCCACGUCUGCGAGAACAUCUGGCCAAUAAAGGGAGACCUAAUGAAGCAGAGCAGAUGGUGAGAGAAAAUAGCCCCGUCGCUCCUUGUGAUCAGCCUGCAUGAGGAUGGUGGGGACAGUCCAGGGUGGCUUCACUUUGUGAGAUGGCUUUGCUAAUGGGUGCUUGGAAACACUCCUGGAGGGAGAACAGCAGGGUUGCAAUCCAGAAUUAUGGAUAGCACAGUUAAAAGGAGCUGUUUUGGGAGUUUUUAUCCAACACUUCAGUUGCUGGGAUGGAAAUUGGAAGCUGAGCCAGGUCUGUGCUCUGGCCACCACAAAGCAGUGCUGGCUUUCUGCUGUUGAGCUCUCCCUCUUUGCUGAUGCAGUGCAGAGGUUGCCAGAGGUGGUGGCUGUGUGUGGCUCUGGGAAUGGUGUGGAAGCUGCUUUGGUCUGGCUGAAACCCUUGUAGAUGGUAUUAAGAGGAGGAGUGUGGCUGCUGACUUUUGGAGAUUCCCUUUGGACUUAGGUCUCCAUGAUCAUUCCCUGCUGCAUUCCGUCCUUCCUGCUCUUCCAGGGAUUUUUGGAUUGCAGAAGGGUAGGAUUUUCAGCACCCGGAGUUUAUUUGCUAGCUGGAAUUCUCUGCAUGGCUUUGAGAGUGUGUCUCCAGAAACUCCAGAUCCCCCUGCUUGGAGAAAGCAAUGCCAUGUGCUGGGGGUGCACACUCCUGGAGUGGCAGCGGGGCAGUCUUGGGCUUUAUGGACUUGUCAGACAGGAGCAGGAGUUGCUCCAUCAAUGGGAACCAAUGCUGUCUCACUACAUUAUAAAAACGCAUCUGCGGCACUCACGGCUGCAGCCUGUAUGAUUCAAAUAAGCUCCUACCUCUCAAAUUCAGAUGCAUUCCCAAAGUCAGCUGUUGCUCUUCCUAUGCCUUUCCCAGCCCUGCUGCUGGCCCUCCUUGUUCUUUCUGUGUCUUUGCUUUUUGUCUGAAGCCAGUGAUGUGCAGGGUGUGAAGGGGUGACUGCCAGCAGCCUUCAGCGGGAACAUCUUGGGGAAGGGAAAAAAGUCUCCUGUGGAUCAGAGUUGGAUCUUGCUGCUCUUCCCUAGUAAUAACUUGUGCUGCUUGCUCUGCCUCCUAGACGGUGCUCAGACACUGCAGCUGUGUGGGAGGCAGGGAGGGAAACCAUGGUCCUUGGCUCAGGAGAUAGCAAUCCCUGGGGAUUUUACUGUGGAUCUUCCAAGGAGCAAGGGAGAUGGUGCAAUGCCUUUGAGUUUUGUCUGUUUUGAACAGCUGAAUGAAUCUGGCCUCAAGGAUGCUGCACAUACUGCUUGCCAUGACUCGAUGUGUGCCCCAGACUUUUGGGGGGUUGUGGCUCUGAUGCUGGACCAUCGUGCUGGGAUGUGCCCUGGGAUGGGGCAUGGCUUGGCUCCCAUUGGGAACACAACAGCCACUUUGCUCAUGCAUUGCAUCCUGGCCCUAUCUCCUCCCUCCUUUCUUCCACUGUUCUGCUUUGCACUCACAGGGGGAAGAUGAUCUUCUGCCUUAAGCAUAUCUUUUCUAACUUACACUUUUAUUCCAGAAGGUGAUUGGAUUUUUUUUGUCUCCUUGGAAAAGAAAGGCUGGAGCUCCUGGGGGAAGAGUGGAAAAAUCCCUGCAAUAACUGCAGCAGUCACAGCUGGGCUCAGUGACUGUCACCUCAUCAAACCUUGCCUCCUUUACAUGACACCAUCCUAAAUACUGCAUCUUGGGACAAGCUGUCAUCCUGCCACCACUGUGCAAUAAAACUGAUGUAUCAGUAUCCCUUGGGGGCCUCAGUCCCUGCUGCAGCAUCCUGGCUGCAAGAGAAAUACAGGUUUUGCAGGGGGAGGAGAGACAAGGGAUGGUCAGAUUGGGUGCACUCAGAUGCUGAUGCUCAAGCCCUGUUCCUAGUUGGAAGCUGCUCUGGCCCCAACACAACUGUGCCACGGUGGGCAAGAGGCACCAACCGUGCCUGGGGAGAUGCCCCAUGGCCUGACAGCCCCCCAAGCUCUAGAAACCAAAUUGCAAACUCUUUGCUCCAGAGGAGAAAUUGGGCAGCCUGGUAGAACUUGUGAUGACCUCUCCGUCCCAUAGGUCCUCCUGGGGAAGGAUUGGCAUUUGGAAGGGGCCUGGGGUGGAAAUGCUGAAGCUCCCCCCAGGUCCUGCUGCCGACUUCCUCUCCCCCUCCCCGCUGUGUUGGUCAAAAUGAUCUUUCUAUGAAGCCCUGUAGAUGUCAAAAGUAAUUAUGGAGUGUGAUUAGUCCUCUGUGGGUGCUUUCUUUCUUUCCUUCUCCUUUCUCUUUUGCUAUCCCCUUCUCCACUCUUCUUUUUUGGCUAAGUGGAAAAGGUGAGGACAAAGAAUUGCUGCUUGCUUGGACUCAUAAUGUAUCUGUGACUGCGCUAUUAGCUGUCUCCUCUUUCCUCCCCAAAUGGAUAUAAUUUUUGAAGUGUGGAAUACCCUUCUUGAUAAGUAGGUUUUAAAAAAAAAUUAAUGCACAAUGUGAUACUGUUUCAUAGUUUCUAGGUGGUUGUAUAAAGCAAAGUUACUGUGAUUGUGUUUUUCAAAGGAAAAAGUGAUUGGUUACUAAAUCUGUCCUUUUUUCAUUAUUACAAGCUCUUUGUUUUCCAAUGA